UUGAAAUUCACCAUUUUUUUAUUUUCUUCUUUUUUGUUUUUUGUUUUUGAACUGCUAUACACAUUAAUCACCUCAAUGUAACCUAUAUUGGAAUGAGAACAAAGGAAUCGAAUUAAAGUUCAGCUGGAAGUGAGGAUUAUUGAGUUCAGAAAUGUUUCGAUUUUUGUGUUUGAUAUUCAUCCAAUCCAAUUAGAAUGGAACCAAUUCAUGGACACAUAAAGCAUCAUCGAAGAAUAUUGGCAUCAGAAGAUGAUGUUAUUAGUAGCAUGCCAGAGAAUGUGGUAACUAAUAUUCUCGAUCGUUUGCCUAUCCAAGAUGCAGUGAGGACUAGUAUCUUGUCAAGAACCUGGCGAUUCAAAUGGACUAUGCUCACCCAACUCGUAUUUGAUACUAAGAAGUAUUAUGAUGAGAGAAAUAUAAGCAGACUUCUCCUUCAACUUAAAGGUCCCAUAACAAAGUUUGUCCUCUGUAUACCAGAUGACAAGGUAUUGGAUGUUAUGGAUAUUUAUCAUUGGGUUAUGUUCUUGUCCGGAAAAGGAAUUCAGGAGUUUACUCUUAUAAAUGAGCAUGAAACACUGGUUAGGCUGCCUACCCAUCUUUUCUCUUGUAUGGAAUUGAAACAUUUGAAGCUUGUUAACUGCUCUAUUAGUCUAGCCCCAACUUUUUCUGGUUUCCCACAUCUCUUGACCUUAGACUUGUUUCGGGUAACUUUUGAAAGCGGUAAUUGUGGACAACUUAUCACUCAGUGCCCACUACUAGAAAAUCUGAAAGUUGGUUAUCAUCAUGAUCUUUCUGGAAAUGUCAAAUUAGUUGAGAUUGCAAAACUAAAAAAUCUAAGAGUGCUGUCUCUGCCAUUGUGUAAGCUUGAUUGUACGGAGAUCACACAUUCUAUAAUCCAUCAGAUUGGUAGCUAUUUUCCAAGACUUCAAGAGCUCAGUUUGGAUUUACGAAAUUGCAAGUUCCCACAAGAAUGGCAUGACAGGAAGUUAUUGCUCCUUAACGUCUUUCCCAGCCUCAAGACUCUUAAAUUUUCAGAAAUAAAUGUUGGUAAUCUUACUGAGGUUUUAAGUGCUUAUAAAAUGAUCUGUGGCUCCCCAAAUCUGCGGACCCUAUAUAUGACAGUUGCUAGCACACAAGCUUCCCUACCAUAUGUCUUUCGCUCUACUGAUUCAAACCAGAAGACAUAUAGGGGACUGCAGCUUCGAGAUGUGGUGUUUAGAUCUUGUAGAGGUUCUCUCCGUGAAGUAUCUUUGAUAAAGUAUUUACUUGAUUGUACCCCUUUGCUAAAGAAGAUGGUUAUCCAUUCAGACUCAUCUAUGAUGUCAGAUGAAAAGUUGGUGUUUGCUACAACAUUGUUGAAGCUUAGUCGAGCCUCCCGCACAGCCAAAGUGGACCUCCUCUAGUUUUAUUUUACUAGUAAUAUUUUGAACUUUUUAUUGGAUUAAUUUCGGUACGUUAUUAAUGAACUGAAACUAUUGAUUUAGUAUGGUAAACGUUUUUGUUUUGUUUUUAUGAUGGUUACCUAUAGCUCUAAAUAAAAUGGUAAAAUGAUCCGUA